UAAAAUAUGGAGAAGAUUAACUACAACCUCAAGUGGAAGUUCAAAGUGGGGGAGGCAUACAACGAAUGUGCUUUGCGACAAGAAACCGAGAAAAUCUAUAUGAACACUCUGUAUACAGUAUCCGAAGAGUAUUAUUACAUUGGGUUCGGACAGAAGUCACCUGACCAUAUUUCAAUGUUUCUCAAUGACUCUCGAGAUCAGCAAACGUUACAAAAGAUGACUAAGUUGACUCCACAAGUAGAGGAGCUAGAGUAUAUUGCGUUUAGUUUUAUUCAGAAAAAUGGCAAGAAGCUUAACAGGCUAUUAAGCCAAUUAAGAGUCAAUAAACUAAAAAGACUCUACUUCACUUCAGAUUAUUCAGGGACAGUAUGAUUCAGCUCUUAUGCCAAAGCAAUUGCUAGGCUUCUUCCACUAGCUCCUGAUUUGGUCCAAAUCAAUAGUUUCAAAGUAUCCCACAAAGACUUUGGUAGAGUCCUAGUAUCUUGUAGGAGCUCUCCGAGAGUGCUGUUCCAAAAAUGUAGAAUCGUUAUCAACGGGUUUGACUAUCUUGAUAAUGUUCAGCCUUCAAUAGGACACAUCUCUUUGCAUAAGAACACAAUCACUCAGCCAGAAGAAGAUAACGAGUACUUGGAUGGGCUCAUACAGAAAAUUGCAGAGUCAAGCCUCAACGGCUCUUUAAGGCUUGUCUCAGUUACCACUCAAAAACCAAUAAGAAGAGACAAUGCAAUUUUGCCAAAGAAGGAGUACACUAUCGGGAACUUUGAUGUCAGAAUUUGUUAA